CACACAGGAGCAGGCAGCAGGCAGCCCCGGGCACAGCAGCCGGCUGCAGGAGCCCCCCGGGCACAGCAGGCUCGGGACAAGCCGCAGAGCCCGGCGCGCUGCCCGUGGCCCGUUCUCCCGCUGUCCGGGCAGGCACGGCGCGGCCAUGGCGCUGCCGCCCCGAGCGGGCUCGGCCCCGGCGCUCUACAUCCACAGCAUGCCCGCCUGGGUGCUGGAGGACUUCUGCCAGAAGAUGGACUGCCUGAGCGACUACGACUGGAUGCGGUUCGCCUCCUACGUGAUCACUGAUCAAACAGAGCUACGGAAAAUCAAGUGCAUGGAGAAGACAGGGAUCAGCAUCACGAGGGAGCUGAUGUGGUGGUGGGGAGUGAGGCUGGCGACAGUGCAGCAGCUCCUGGACCUGCUGCAGGGGCUGCAGCUUUACCGAGCAGCUCAGGUCAUCCUGGACUGGACAUCAGCCUCGAGCAUCACCCUGCCUGAGAAAGAAGAGCCAGAGCCACCCAAACAGAUCAUAUCUGUACCUCCCACAGAAGGCAAAAGGAGAGACAAAGAAAAUGGCCUAAGUUUGCUGCCAUCCCCAGACUCCUCUCACCCGGGAGCAGCCCCAUCAGGCAUUUCAGGUGCUGUUUCUGAAGGAGCCUUGUAUUCCCUCCCUGCUCCACCACCUCCCCCGAGAGACCUUUUGAAUUCCCUACAGUCCAAUCCUCCUGUUCUGUCGAGUGUGAAGCCUUGCAGCUCUCCUGCUCCUCAGCAGGAGACGAUGGCUGAUCUCCCCAGCGGGAGUCUCCUGUGGACCCAGAGGGAAAUUGCCAACGCCACCAACAGCUUCAGUGACAGGAACAGAAUCUGUGAAGGUGCCUUUGCAGAUGUCUACAAGGGUCAGAGGAACAACAUGGUGUUUGUCAUCAAAAGACUCAAAGAGCUGGAAUGCACAAGCCCAAAUUCCACCCAGAGGUUCUUUCAUACAGAAGUGCAGAUUUGCUUUCGGUGUUGCCACAUCAACAUCCUGCAGCUGCUGGGGUUCUCGGUGGAAACUGGAUCUCACUGUCUGAUAUAUCCGUACCUGCCCAACGGCUCCCUGCAAAACAAGCUGCACUGCCACGAUGAUUCUGCUCCGCUGACCUGGGAGAUGCGAAUUAGGAUUUCUUUAGGAGUUGUCAGAGCAGUGGAGUAUUUGCAUAAUUUUGGAAUUCUUCAUGGGAAUAUCAAGAGCUCAAAUGUCUUGUUGGAUGAAAACUUUACACCAAAGCUCGGGCAUUCUGGGCUGCGCUUGCAUUCUUCUGAUAAAAAAUCAGAAUAUGCCAUGAUGAAAACCAAAGUCGUACAAGCUUCUCUUUCUUACCUGCCAGAAGAUUUCAUCAGACAUGGGCAGUUAACAGAAAAAGUGGAUAUAUUCAGCUGUGGUGUGGUCUUAGCAGAGACACUGACUGGGAUUAAGGCACUGGAUGAAGACAGAAACCCAAAUUACCUGAAAGAUAUGAUUGCUGAUGAAAUUCAGACAGCAAAAGAAAGCUCAAACUCCAAAGUAAAAAAUUUGGAAAAACUGGCUGCCAAGGAAAUCUGCUGCAAAUACCUAGACAGAAAAGCAGGGCACUUGCUGGAAGAGGUGGCUGUUGAUUUUGCAUCAGCCAUCUGCCUUUGCCUGAGAAAGAAGAAUUCGAACAUAGCAGAGGUACGUGAAAUGAUGGAAAUGGCUGAAAACAAAUUAAAAGAGCAUUUCCUCUGUGGAAGCAGCACUUCUGGGUUCUCCAUGAACACUCCAGAAGAGACUGAUGAUGAGACAGCCAGUGUGAGCGUGGAUGUGCCUUCUGCAGUGGGGAACAGGGAGGAGAGCAGCCAGGCAGCAGUGCUGGCCAGCAGCAGCCCCUGCGUGCCUUCCCUGGCACCCGACACCUAUGGCAUCUACAUGUCACGGGUCCCCUGCGAGUCAGAUGAGUCCAGCAGCUUCACGUGGAAUCCUCCAGAAAAAGCCACAGAGGAGCUACCUAGCCACAAGUGUCCCGGUUCAGAAAAAGCGGCAGGCUGUGAUUACAAGCAGGGAAAGCCUGCCCAGGGACUGCAGGAGAGGAGCCUGGCGUGUGCCCGAGGCGAUGGCACCCUGGAGGCAGCAGCUGCUGCACAGGGCACCUGCCCGCAGGGAAACACAGACCUGGACUCUUCGUGUGCUCCUCAAGCCUUAGCCAGAGAGACAUCUUGGAAAAUACAGAUAAAUGAUCAAAAGAAGAAGCUCAUGGAAAAUAUUUUGCUGUAUGAAGAGGACAAGUUAAACAGUUCUGAACUUUUUGAAUCAUAAAUUGGAUGGAUUAAUUAGCAUAGGGGUACUUUUGGGAAUUAUUUUUGUCAAAGUGCCCUUUACAUGGUAAUGUUUCUCAUUGUGUUUCACAUGAUAACUGUUGUAUAUUCUGGAUUAGGGAAAAUAUUUUAAUUUAAAAUAGCUUUGAUUUUUCUAUAGGACACUUGAAACAUAAUUUGUUGUAUUUAUUUUGGCAAUGGGUCAAAUAUAAGCUAAUUAUGAUGGUUCCACACUCACCAGGCAUUCUCAGAGGAACCCUUGUGGGUCUCCCUUAGUUGUAGGAGCAGUAGGAGCCUUGGUCUCAGGCCCAGGGAUCACAUGCAAAACAAAAACAGAAACUUGUAUGCUGGUGUAUUUAUGAGCAACUGAAAGCCCCCUUAAGAAAAUAUCACUUUUGUUUUAUGAUAUUUAUUAAUAUUUUAUUUUAUUAAAAUUUUAUUAUUGCUGGCAUAUUCCACUUGUGUGCAGUAAUAGGAAAAACAGGUUUAUUAUGGACCAAAAGAAUUACCAGAGUAUGUAGCUCAGUUUACAGACAGGUGAGCUGCCUGCUGAGCACGCGGAACAGGGCCUGAGGUGCAGAAAUGGCUGCAAUUCACAGCCAGUUCAGGGAACAAAAAUAAAAAAUAAAAUGUAAUUAUUUUCAGUGGAAUUGUUUACUAGUAUAUAUUCGUAGUUUUACACAAAGGCCUCACACCUUCUAUUUUUGUACAGUACCUAGUUCAUUGUAUAUAUUAUGAGCAAGUAAAAGUAUUUUAGCUAAAGACCUGUAUACUGGAAUUAUCUACACAUUUCUCAAGUUAUUUUCUACACUAAAAACUGGUACCAUUCCUUAAUUAUAAGUGCCUUGGAUACUCUCUUUGUAUUUACCAGUGUCAGGGUUUUUUUUAUUUUACCAGAAUCAAACCAAGAUAAGAUUAGUACUGACAUAAGAAACAUUGUAUACUCAGAUUGGUCAAUAACUACUGAAUUCUGCAGGAGAUUUAUAGAGAUGCUUUAUGUCACUGAAAAUAUAAUAUUCAUUGUUUUUCACUGGUGGUAAAAUCCUCGUGUCUUCUCCAGAAAGGAAUGCACAUGGAUACACUGCAGAGCUGAAUGGGAAACACAAGUUUCAAACUGAGAAAUAUAGUUUGCACACAGUUCUGUUUCACAAAAGUGCUUUGGAGGUUUUGUUCUCCUGUAGUCACCAAAUGGAAUUGUUAUUCUUUGUCUUGUACCCUGAUAGUUUUAAAAUAUCCUGAGAUGAUUUAUGUAAUCUUACAGUUACUUAAGUAUUUAAUAGCAUGACAUAUAUAAGACACUGUGUGGUCUUACAUUAACACUGUAAUGUAACUUGGCAGUUCACAAUCCAGUUUAUGCAUUACCAUUUACUAAUAGCUUUUUGAAUAAAAAGCCUGAAAAAUUC